GGAUCGUGGUGUGGACGUCUACGGGAAGAAGGGGAACGCAGGCCCAGUCGGUCCCGGCUCUUUAGUAGUAGAGUAGAGCUCGACGACGGCAAUCAGUCUCGGUCUGCCAACCGGCCAACUCGGUUACUUGUGUGCGCGUGUCGUGUACGAUGAUCGUGUAAAUCGGGAUGCGGGCGCUGUUCUUCACGGUCGUUUGGCUUUUGGGCCAAAAUGCCCUAGCCGACGAUAAUUCGACGACGGGAUUGAGAUACGAUGCUCCCGACGACUGCCAGUGGUGGGUCAGGGAGCCGGACGAUGAGGUGUCGCUUUCCUGCACCCUUCGAACUAUCAAUUCCGAACUGGAUACGACCAACUUCAGCGUGAUACCCACUGAGCACACGAUCGCCCUCAGGAUCCGGUGCGAUCCGAUGCUCAUGUCGAGAAGCACUCUGGACGAAAAAAGCUUCUCUCACCUAGUCCGAUUGAGGGAGCUCGUUUUGGAAUACUGCAAAGUGACCAAACUGGUUCCAGGAGCCCUUUUUGGACUUGAAAAUCUGAGAAAUUUCACCCUGAGGACAUAUAAUACGGAUUGGUCCGCUUUCAGCCUCGAACUUAGUAGUAAUACAUUCGAAGACGUUAAACAACUCGAGAGGCUCGAUCUCGGUAUGAAUAACAUCUGGUCGUUUCCAGAGAAUAUUUUCUGCCCGAUGGCAAAUUUGAUUAGCUUGAACGUGAGUGGUAAUCGGUUACAAGAUAUAAGGGAACUCGGUUUUAGAGAAAAGACGCCUCCUCCUCAGCCUUUGAUUAGCAGUCAAGACGACGAAGCCGGCGAAAUCGAACCACAAAAACCACCGCCUAGCCCUUGUAAUAUGGAUAUUCAAAUUUUGGACGCGUCAGGUAAUCACUUUGUCAUGUUACCGAUGAACGGUUUCAGUUCGUUGAGAAGACUAAGAGAACUUUAUUUGCACGAUAACGAAGUGACGAUGGUCGCGGAAAGAGCCCUUACCGGUCUCAAGCAAUUAGUACGAUUCGAUUUGUCUAACAAUAAAGUCGUAGCCCUCCCGUCCGAACUGUUUAGGGAUACGUCUGAAUCGAUAAAAGAAAUUUAUUUACAAAACAAUUCCAUUAGUCUGCUGUCGCCGGGGUUGUUUUCCAACUUGAAUCAACUUUUGGAUUUGGACAUCUCUAGAAAUCAGCUGACGAGCGCUUGGAUUAACAGCGGAACGUUUUCCGGUCUGAUACGUCUCGUUCUUUUGAAUUUGUCCUAUAACAAAAUCACGAAACUCGAGCCGUCUUUAUUUCACGAUUUGUACACCUUGCAAAUAUUGAACUUGGAGCAUAAUUUAAUCGAAGCCGUUCCUCCAGACACUUUCAUCCCAAUGAAUAAUCUGCAUACAUUAGUUUUAUCGUACAAUAAGAUUACCUACCUCGAUGCUUAUUCGUUUAACGGCUUGUGCGUGCUAAGCCUCCUAUCUUUGGAUAAUAACGUUUUGGAAGAUAUGCACCACGCUGCAUUUAGAAAUUGCACAGGAUUAAGGGAUUUGAAUUUAAACGGUAACAAGUUGAAGACGGUGCCGAUUGCAUUGCGAAACAUGAGACUUCUGAGAACCGUGGAUUUGGGCGAGAACAAUAUCGCGAAUCUCGAUAAGCCCGGCUUCGUCGGUAUGAGCAACUUGUACGGGCUCCGCCUCAUCGGCAAUCAGAUUUCAAACAUAAGCAAGAGUACGUUCGCCGAUCUGCCGUCGCUUGAAAUAUUGAACCUAUCUCGAAAUAAAAUAGCAAAAAUACAAAGCGGUGCGUUUGAAAGCAACUCCAAGCUCCAGGCCGUGCGCCUAGACGCCAACUUGUUAUCCGAUAUUAACGGCUUGUUCUCCGAUAUCCCGAGCCUCCUGUGGCUCAAUAUUUCAGAUAACAGAUUAGAAAAGUUCGAUUACGCCUAUUUACCCCAAGGCCUCCAAUGGUUGGAUAUUCAUAAAAACGAGAUAACGGAACUCGGUAACCGUUACAACUUGGGGCCCGAACUCAAAAUACAAACUUUAGACGUGAGCUUCAACAAAUUGACCAAAGUGACGGCGGCUUCUAUUCCAGAUAGCGUCGAAUUGUUGUUUAUGAACGACAACCUUAUCACGACUGUCGAAAGUCAAACUUUUAUAAAGAAAACAAAUUUAUCACGGGUUGAUUUAUACGCGAAUCAGAUAGAAGAGAUGGAACUGAACGCUUUACAUUUAACUCCGGUCGAGGAGACCCGCCCCAUGCCAGAGUUUUAUAUAGGAGGCAACCCCUUCCAAUGCGAUUGUACAAUGGAAUGGCUUCAAAGGAUCAAUAACUUAGACCAUCUUCGACAGCAUCCAAGGGUCAUGGACUUGGACGGCAUAUAUUGCAAACUUUUGUACAGCAGGGACCGGCUUUACGUUCCCUUGGUAGAAGCGGACUCGUCGGUUUUCCUUUGCUCUUACAAAACUCAUUGUUUUGCCCUUUGCACUUGUUGCGAUUUUGACGCCUGCGACUGCGAAAUGACCUGCCCCCAAAAUUGUACCUGCUAUCACGAUCAGUCGUGGGCGGCCAACAUCGUCGACUGCUCCGCCAGCGGUUAUACACAAAUGCCUUCGAGCAUACCGAUGGACGCAACCGAGGUGUAUUUGGAUGGUAACAACUUUGGUGAGCUGACGAGCCAUUCUUUCAUAGGGAGAAAAAACUUGAAAGUGCUCUACGCCAAUCACUCCAACAUUGCAGCGAUCUACAAUCACACGUUCACUGGACUCAGAAGACUUACUGUUCUUCACCUCGAAGGCAACCGCAUCAAACAAUUACUCGGUUCAGAAUUGGCCAGUUUGAUCAAUUUGAGGGAACUCUAUCUUCAAGGAAACAUGAUUCAUUACAUAGAUAAUAGAACAUUCAUGAGUUUGACUUCUCUAGAAGUAUUAAGAUUAGAAGACAACGAACUUUACAAAUUUUCGGUUGCAGUAUUUUCGUCAAACCCCUACCUCGUAGAAAUUGGAUUGGCUGGAAAUCAAUGGUCCUGCGAUUGCAAAUACAUGCACGAAAUGAGUACAUGGGUUCGCGCUAAUUAUGCUAAAGUUAUCGAUUUCAAACACAUCGCUUGCGUAAUUGACAAUAGAACUCACAUGCUCGGGCCCACACUCAAAGAUUUCAAUUCCACUUGGUGUUCACUUUAUGCGGGUGGAUCGAGAGGGAUGGUCGACAGACAAGUGAUUCAAGAUUACCUUCCUUUACUACUACUGACUUUCGUCGCGUUUAUCUUGUGCAUCGGAAUGGUCUGCGGCCUUUUCGCCUACAGGCACGAGCUGAGAGUAUGGAUUUAUUCUAGAUGCGGUUUGCGGAUGUGCUACAAAACCAGUGGCUACGAAGAAGACCACGAUAGAUUGUUCGACGCCUACGUCAGUUAUUGCGUUAAAGACGAAGGCUUUGUCACACAGGUCCUUGCGCCAAAGUUAGAAUCACAAUUUAGACUUCUUCUCCACUACAGGGAUUUCAAUGUCAGCUCCUACGUAGCCGACACCAUCCUUGAAGCCGUCGAAUCGACAAAGCGGACGAUCGUCAUCCUAUCGAGGAAUUUCCUGAACUCGGAAUGGUGCCGUUUCGAGUUCAAAACCGCUCUCCACGAAGUACUCAAGGAUAGGCGUCGUCGUCUGAUCGUGGUCCUAGUCGGCGACCUGACACCAUCCGAAGUCGACGGAGAGCUCAGACUAUAUCUCAAGACAAGCACUUGCUUGCAGUGGGGGGAUUCCCUUUUCUGGCAAAAGUUAAGAUUCGCCAUGCCCGACCCAACGAGAGGACCGAGAGUCCGCGUUUACGCACCUCAGGAUGGACAGCCAAAAUUGGUCACAAAUUUCCUGCAACCUCAACCCCUUUGGGCAUAGCGACUAACAUACCACAGGUCUGUCCAGUGGAUUGGCCCGGAGCCGUAACUUUGGGAAUGUCUGUGAUAACGAUGACUCGACGUGCAUAGUUUUUAUUUUUUAAUUUUAUAACGAAUUUUUCCUUAUCUACGCCAUUAGAUAAUGCAUUUAAUUGUGGCCUUGCAUAUUAUUUGCCGUUGUUUAGCUGCAUGUAUGUAUGUUUUUUGUGUAGGUGAAAAUUCGUUUUAUGUUUAUGAAGCUAAUUUUUUUUAUUAUGCAUCUUUCCUAUCGAAUGACUAGUUCAGAGAUGUCCUCAAGCUUCUUUAAAAUAUUUUUGUAACACCUACUUUUUCAUGUUUUCGCGUGUUAAUGCGAUUUAUGUACUGUGCAGGGCUACAAUUCAUAAUUCUAGUCAUACUUAAUACUCCAAUUAUUUAUUAGAAAUUUUCUACGAAUUGUGUAUAUAUGAAAUAAAAAAUGUAUAUAUGUAAAU